AGGCCCAAGCGUUUUGUUAUGGGCUGGGGUAAAGAGCCCCCAAGAAAAGGGCGGAGCAGAUAAUGGUAGUUGAAGAAGCGGCACAACCUGAUCCUAUGUUCUACUGUGAGCGGAUGUGUAUCGCCCAUUCUGAGAAGUGAAAAUUGUCUGUGCGAGCUUGCUCUGUUCUAUCAUCUUCCCAAAGAGCACAUGAAGUGUGAAUUCAAUGACAACAUCUCAGAAGACCAACACCUAGUUGGAGCACAUUCAGUGAGAUUAUAAACUCAUUCAUAACAUUAUAUUUGUUAUCAAAUGGAUGCUGGAAGGACUUUGCUUUCUUCUACCCCAUCAUUUCCUCGAAGAACCCACCUCAAGAAUUGUGUCUUUUCUCCUGUUCCUGCAGUUACUCCUGUUCCAACCACUUCUAUAGCUCGAAAUUUUCCUACUUCAGUUCUUUUGCAAGAGCAGCGUGAUGAGUUUAGGCGUCUCCUGAACAUUGUCAAGGAAGAUAGAAUUUCUCAGACAACAGUGGAUAGAAGACAGAUGGAAAUUGGGACCUCAGUCCAUGAAGGGAACAGUGCUUUGGAUCAAUUGGUGCUGGAAUCCAAGUAUUGCUCACUUGGUUGGCCCAAAUUUUGGAAUUUAAUACCUCCUUCACAAACAGCGCAAAUUCCAUCCUGGUCAUUGACUAUGCAGUCUGUCACAGCCAAUACUGACAAGCUUCUGGCUGUUGAACCAUUUAUUGUGAUUGACCUUGCUAAAAAAGCGUUGUCUGCUUCAAAAGAAGCAGCAUUAUUAGCUGAGAAAUGCACUAAUCUCGAUGAUGUAGUUUCUACUAGCUUGAGGUCCACGUGUUCAUCUAAUUUCUCUAUUGGGGAGGUGAAAACUGUUAGGUCAACACGUCAUUUAGGGAGGCAGUCUAAAAAUCGGAGGGUGCCAAAAGCAAAAGAUAUGUUUCAUGAGCCUUAUAAUGCUAGAAAGGCUGAUGUACAAAAAAGGAUAAAUGAAGGAUUUGAUCCAAAGGAUCCACUUCGGUUAUUUUUGUGGGGUCCUGAAACAAAACAACUUUUGACUGCUAAAGAGGAGUCUGAAUUGAUUGCUCAAGUACAGGAUUUAAUGAGGUUGGAGAAGGUGAAAAAAAGUCUUCAGUUUCAAUUUGGCCGUGAACCAUCCAUGGUUGAGUGGGCUGAUGUUGUUGGACUUAGUUGUUCAGUCUUGCAGUCACAACUUCAUGCUGGUAACAGCAGCCGAGAAAAGCUGAUUAAUGCAAAUUUACGGAUGGUAGUUCAUAUUGCUAAACAGUAUCAGGGCCGUGGUCUCAGCCUUCAGGACUUAAUGCAGGAAGGAAGCAUGGGUCUUAUGAAAAGCAUUGAGAAAUUCAAACCACAAGUUGGCUGCCGAUUUGCCACUUAUGCAUAUUGGUGGAUAAGGCAGACUGUAAGGAAGGCCAUAUUUCAGAAUUCUAGGACGAUUCGUUUACCGGAGAAUGUCUAUAAUAUCUUGGGCAAAGUAAUGGAAGCAAAGAGGUCAUAUAUUCAGGAAGGAAAUCAUAAUCCAACCAAAGAAGAAUUAGCAAAACGUACUGGAAUUACAAUUGAUAAGUUGGAAAGGCUGUUUUUUAUGGCAAGAAUGCCACUAUCAAUGCAACAAACUGUCUGGGCGGACCAAGAUACUACUUUCCAGGAAAUAACUGCAGACGCUGAAAUUGAGAUCCCAGAUGUGAGUGCAGCAAAACAAUUGAUGAGACAACAUGUUCGCGGGCUCCUGAACAUUCUCAACCUAAAGGAAAGGCAGAUAAUCAGGCUAAGAUAUGGCAUUGAAGAUGGCAAACAAAAAUCACUAUCCGAAAUUGGUAAUGUGUUUGGAUUGUCUAAGGAAAGGGUGCGGCAAUUAGAAAGCCGAGCAUUAUAUAAGCUCAAGCAAUGUCUUGGUAGCCACGGACUCGAGGCAUAUGCAGAUUUACUUGUUUAGAUGUAAUGACCUUCAAGUUCUGUGACAUUUUCAAGCACAACUUGGUGAGACCCUAAUUAAAAUUAGCAAUACUCUGCCUUUUGAAGCCUUUAAAGUGACCUUGGAAUAUAUGUAAUAGAAACUUUGGACUAGCCUAGAUUAGGUUAUUGAUGCUUAGCAAUUCUGAUUUUGUAGUAGAAGCUGAAUGCUUAUUCUUUGAUUAACUCUCUAUUUCUUUGUUAAUACAUUCCUACAUCUUAAAUGGUGGCUUUGAGUUUCUCA